ACCGGUGUAACAUGAUCACAAGAGCGUUUGCCAUAAAAAAAUACAUUGUUCUGUGUAUUUUAUGUAAAAAUAAGUUAUACCAUAAUAUAACACAUACUAUGGUUAUAUGAAACAAGUGAAGUAUUAAUUUAUAAACAAAAUUUGUUAUAACCUAUUGUUUAAAAUUCAAAUGUGUACUUAAUAUGACCUGUAGGUGUAGCCUAGACGUCUGGCCAGGUGUAUCCUUUUAAAUUUAUGCAGCUCUACUUUAUCGUCUAGUAAAGAUGAUACCUAUGUGACUUUUACUCACAUACUUGUAACAUAGUUCAAUGCUUUUACUAUCAUAGUGUUUUAUUUGUUUUACGAUAAAUGAGUGUGCCAGACUGGAUAGUCUCCUUAAGAGACAAACUCACACUUUUUAUUCAAAAUUACAAGUCCAAUGCUGUGUGGAAAAAAACAGUGGGUAUAUUGCUUGUAUGUGUUGCACUUUUCAUAUUUUUGCUUCGAAAUAUAAACAUUGAGGAUGAAUUUACCGAUGGGUACUACAAAGUUAUUGGACCGAGACUGGUUCGCCCAAACAGCGAGUAUAAUGUUGCCGUAACGAUCCAAGCGACGUCAGCUCCUACUGCUGUUGAUGUCACUCUCCUAGGACUGUCUGACACUGGUAGGCCUUUCAGCGCCUCUGAAAGUCUUACAGUUCUACCAUACACUUCGAAAAUAGCUCGAAUACAGGUGGGCGAGAUAGAACCAGGCAACUACAGGCUAUCAGCUCGUGGUAGCGGAGGGAUGCAAUUUCAGACAACAACACCUCUUUUAUAUCUACGUAAAAGUUACUCAGUAUUCAUACAAACAGAUAAGGCAGUUUAUAAACCUGGGCACAAAUUGUUGUUUAGAGCACUUGUGUUAAACUCACAAUUGCGGCCUGCAUUUGAUAUUAGAAACCAACCUUUUACUAUACACAUUACAGAUGGAGAUCAUAACAUUGUUAAAAAAUUCAAGGAUAUAACAGCACCUCGUGGCGUUUUUACAGGAGAAUUACAACUGGGCAAACGAUUAGUGCUGGGCGAUUGGAAUAUUGUAGUAACAAUUAACGGUGAAGAGUAUAAUAAGACCAUACAAGUGGCUCAUUAUGUUUUGCCAAAAUUUGUAAUCGAUAUACAAGCACCCAAGCAUAUCACAUUUAAGGAAAAUAUACUUAAAACUCACAUUUUGGCAUUGUACGAUUACGGUAAAAAGGUUAAAGGUGAUGCCACGGUUACUGUUUAUCCAACAAUUCAUUCUGGUGUUAUCCAGCCAAUCUUUCAGACGCCUAUUCGUAAAGUAAUUCCGAUUGAAGGUUCCGCUACUGUUGACUUUGACAUCGCCGACGAGCUCAAGUUAGGAGAUGAGUAUGAACGCACUGUUAUUAUUGAUGUUACAAUCGAAGAAGCGCUAACAGGAAGACGACAAAACAAUAGCAUAGAAGUCUAUUUGCAUAAAUACGAAUAUAGCAUGGAAAUAAUAAAGACUGCAGAUUAUUACAAACCGGGGUUGAAGUAUAUAGCUUAUGUGAAAGUCUCCAACCAAGAUGGGUCAGCAUUGCGAGCGGAUCGCAAUGCAGUUAAAGUUCGUCAUGGGUUUUCGCGAGUGAACGAAGUGUACCAGGAAACCAGUUACCAGCUAGACAAAAAUGGCGUAAUUAAAUUGGAAUUAUUUACUCCAUCGCAAUAUAGUAAUGAAACCGCACUACGGAUUGAAGCAGAGUAUAUGGAUUUGAAAGAGGUGAUGCCUCCAGUUCCCGCCGCGACUUCGCCAUCAAACACUUUCUUGCAAGUCAAUCUAGUGUCUGAUAGAACGCCAGUUGCCAACGAAUUGGUGGAGUUCGUCGUCAAUUGCUCGCAGCCUAUGAAAUACCUUAGCUAUCAGGUGAUCGGACGUGGAAACGUCUUGUUGGCUAACAGUGUUCAACUGGAAAAUAAAAAGGAAUUUAAAUUCCAUUUCACCACUACAAGUACUAUGGCACCCAUGGCACAUUUAUUGGUUAACUAUGUUCAGCCAGAUGGAGAAGUAAUUGCGGAUUCUAUCAACUUUGAGAUUGAUGGCGUUAUCCAAAAUUCAAUUGAUCUACAGCUGAGUACCGUUGAAAGUCAACCUGAUGCCGAUAUAAACCUAGGAAUAACUUCCCAAUCGAAUUCGUACGUCGGUUUAUUGGGAGUAGAUCAGAAUGUGGGAAAAUUAAGAGGGGGAUAUGAUCUAACGUACCCGAAAAUAGUAGAAGAACUGCAAAAGUACGACAUCGCCGACACAUCACCUUACUCUUCGGUAAUGAAAGAUGCGAACUCCCACUUCUUCUGGAAACCGGGAGUUAGUAAUACGCAUGACGUUUUCCACGAUUCUGGUACAGUUGUGAUGACAAAUGGUCUUAUUUCAAGAUUUAGGCCUACUCUGGAGGAUAUUUAUUUGCGUCCAGUCUCUUACGGUAGCAGCACAGUAAAGCCGGAUCGCGGUGUAGGCUUAGCCUUUCACACCAUUACUAGACCCCCGUUAGCCGGACCAUACGCUUUCAGUAGAAUUCCUAAACCUGUUUGGGAUAAACCCAAAGUUUAUCUAUCACAAAACAUUGCGGACACGUGGCUUUUCACCAAUUUCUCUUUGAAUAUUGAGGGGAAGACAUCGCUGGGAAGGAAACUGCCGAAAUCGUUGACUACAUGGGUAGUAACUGCAUUCUCCUUAGAUCCAAGGUAUGGGUUGGGAUUGAUGCAAUCGCCGAAGAAAGUGCAAGUCUCAAAACAGUUCGUUGUUACCAUUGAUUUACCGUAUUCGAUCAAGCGAGAAGAAACUUUGGGCGUUCCAAUUGUGGUCUACAAUAACUUUAACAAGGAAAUCACUGCCGAAGUGACCAUUCACAAUUCCGAACAAAAGUUUAAGUUCGCCGAUGCUGCAAAUGACAACAAUGGUACCAACAAAAUCGAGCUGUAUCGGAGAAAAAAAAUUUCGAUUAAGCCAAACAGUGGAAAUUCCCUAACGUUCUUCAUUACACCAAUGAAAUUGGGGCAGACAGAGAUAAGAGUUAGCGCACUUGCAUCGGGUUUGGGUCAAGAGACGGUUACAAAAGAUCUUCUCGUUGUGCCUGCAGGUGAGACGCAGUAUUACUCCAAAUCAUUAUUGAUUGAUUUACGCAAGGCAUCUUCGUACACUGGCAACAUAAGCUUCGAAUUACCUACAAAUCUGGUAACGGGUUCCGAAAAUAUUGAGGUGUCCGCGAUAGGGGACUUAAUAUGGCCGGCGAUUAUCAAUUUGGAUAAUCUAAUAAGGCUACCUACAGCUUCUGGCGAACAAAAUCUGAUACAUUUCAUACCAAAUAUAAUCAUUUUAAAUUAUUUGUUGAACAAUCGGCAACUGUCGCCGACCAUUUUAGAAAAGACCAUUACCAGUUUAGAAAGCGCCUAUCAAGAACAGUUGAUGUACAAGAAGAGUGAUGGAUCAUUCGGCGUUUUUGGCAGAAGGGAUACCAACAGCAGUCUUUGGAUUACGGCAUAUGUAGCGUUUGCCUUUAAACAAGCAAAACCUUUUAUUUACGUUGAUGACAAAAUAAUUACGGACGCGCUCAAAUGGCUAGAAAACAACCAAGCACAAAAUGGAAGUUUCGUUGAGGUUGGCAAGAUCAUACACCACAAUGUGCAAAGUAACGAUCGAAGUUUGGCUUUAACCGCAUUCACGUUAAUCGCAUUCAUUGAGAACCAAAGAACGAGAAACGAGUACACAAACGUAAUAAAUAAAGGUUUAGAUUAUAUCGGCAGGACACUAAAUGAGAGUGACAGUAUCUAUACAAUUUCAAUUUGCUCCUACGUCUUUCAUCUCGCCAAUCAUCCAGGGAAGCAAGGCACUUUAAAUCUGCUGGAUACAAAGGCGCGAACGGGCGAUCGUUUGAAGUGGUGGGCCGAACCUAUUUCGAAGAACGACGAGAAAAAUCCUUGGAACUCUCUUCCCAGAUCUAUAGAUAUCGAGGCGACAUCUUACGUUCUGCUAUCGCUACUAGAAGCGAAUUUACUCGACGAUGCCAUGCCUGUCCUAAACUGGUUGGUGCAACAGCAAAAUAGUCUCGGCGGAUUUACAUCGACACACGACACUGUUAUUGGAAUGAUCGGGUUUAAUAAACUUGUAGCGAAGAUGAGCGGCGGUUCCGAUCUUGAAGUCAACAUUAAGUUUAAAGGGGGAGACGAUAAGUUCCGCAUUAAUUCCGAUAAUGCCAUGAUAGAGCAGAAACUGCAGAUUAGUAAUGAUGUCAGGCAAAUAAACGUAACAGCGCAAGGUCGAGGACUAGCGAUCAUAAGAGUCAAUUAUCGUUACAAUACAAAUGUUACUGGUCCAUGGCCUAUGUUCACACUAGAUCCGCAAGUUGAUAAGAACACCAAUCAACAUCACCUGCAACUAUCAAUUUGUACAGCAUUUGUGAGUAAAAAUUUGACAACUCAACCGGAAAGCAACAUGGCUGUAAUGGAGGUGAAUCUGCCUUCCGGUUUCACCGCAGACAUCGACGCCCUUCCAAGUUUGGAAGUCUCACAGCACGUGCAAAAAGUCGAAACUAAGAAUGAUCACACAACCGUGGUACUGUACUUCAAUAACCUCACUGUUACCGAAUACUGUCCUACCGUUUCGGCUUUUCGUACUCAUAGAGUCGCCAGGCAAAAACCUGUUCCGGUGAUAGUAUACGAUUACUAUGACAGCUCAAGAAGAGCCAGAAUAUUUUAUAAGACUAAAAACGUUGAGAUCUGUGAUAUCUGUGAUGAGGAGGAGUGUGGAAAUCAAUGCACCUCUGCCAAACCGCAGACCGGUGAUGGUGGUAAAACUGGCGGAGGUUCAAGUAGCAUAAGUAGUGACUGGAUAUGUUUCAUUUUAAUGAUCACGUUUGUGUGGCAGCAUCAGUAAUUUUUUGUACUUUUAGAUUUGACAAUUUUUCACUAGUGCCUAUAUUAAGAUAAUGAUCUACAGAUUUUCUAGCACGUUUACUAUGUGCCCUUAACAAAUACUAAAUGUGAUAUUAAAAAUGUAAUAUUUUUUAAGUAAUAAAAAUUAAUAAAUUAACAUCGUCAAAC